GAAGUCAUAGAUUUUUUGAGACGAUAUUUUUAUUGAGCGUGGAACAAUUGAUAUCUUUGUUAACUUUUCAUAAAAAAGUAUUAAUAUAAUAUUUUUAAAAACAUGAUAUAUUUAAUAUAAUUAUGUGAUUUAUUUCUUAAAGAACCCGAGGUUCGAUAUAAUGCAUAUCAUGCCUCGCACAAUGAUACAUUGAUUUUUAUUUUGGUUUUUUAUGUUUUUUUUUGUGAGUGAGCCCCCAUCUACCGAUUUGACAUAUUGUUAUGGACAAUUUUGUCCUCCGGAUCUUCCUUUAAAUAAUCACACAAACAGCUGGAUGGAGAGUAAAAUGGCAGCCACCGGAGAUGACCAGAAGCAUUUUGUUUUGGUACAUGGUGCAUGCCAUGGAGCAUGGUGUUGGUUCAAACUCAAGCCUCUUCUUGAGGCUGCCGGCCACCGCGUCUCCGCCUUUGAUCUCUCAGCCUCCGGCACAAACACCAAAGUAAUACAAGACGUGGCUACACUUGCUGAUUACAGUAUUCCGUUGCUGGAAUUCAUGGCCACCAUUCCGCCGGAGAAGAAGGUGGUGCUCGUUGGCCAUAGCCUUGGUGGUAUGAACUUAGCUCUGGCCAUGGAGAAGUUCCCGGAAAAAAUCUCUAUCGCCAUCUUCCUCACUGCUUUCAUGCCGGAUACAGUACAUAGGCCUUCCUAUGUUUUCGACCAGUAUAACAAAAGCACCCCACGAGAAGCUUGGUUAGACACACAAUUCUUGCCCUACAAUAAUGUAAAUGAGUCUGAAACAUCGAUGUUUUUUGGUCCUGAGUUUCUAUCAUUGAAACUCUAUCAACAUUGCUCCGAUGAGGAUCUUGAAUUAGGAAAAAUAUUGAUAAGGCCCGGAUCUUUAUUUCUAAAAGACCUAGCCGCAACAGAGCAAUUUACAAAAGGAAAAUAUGGCUCAGUAAAACGAGCAUAUGUCAUUUGUGAUGAAGAUAAAGCAAUCAAAGAAGAGUUCCAACGUUGGAUGAUUGAAAUCAAUCCAGUGGUUGAGGUGAAAAAGUUAAAUUGUGUGGAUCAUAUGCCGAUGCUGUGCGACCCGAAGCAACUUAGUGUUUGCCUCCUCGACAUAGCACAUGAAUAUGCAUAGUCAUGUUGUUCAUAUUUAAAUAAUUUCCUGAAAAUAAAAUGUGUAUGUGAUUUUGAUUGAAAAUAACGUUCAAUGAUAAUGUAUAGUUGAUUAUGUGUGGAAAUGCUAAGUUGAAAUUACUUUCGGUAUGAUUUCACUAUUUUGAAGCACUUGAAAAUGAUAGGUCAUUAAACAACCCUCAUA